AAGAUGCCCCGUCCGCACCAUUUAUUUUUCACUCCUCUCCAAUAUCUCUCUCUCACUCACACAAAACAGACCAUCCGAUUUUCCUUUUCUGUAGGCGAGAAUGGCAACAGUCGGAGCGAUUCGCGAGAGCGAGGGAUCAGCCAACAGCCUUGAAAUUGACGCUCUUGCUCGUUUCGCCCUCGACGAUCACAACAGGAAACAGAAUUCUCUGUUGGAGUUCAAAAAGGUGUCGAAUGUGAAGGAGCAAGUUGUCGCGGGCACAAUGUACUACAUAACGCUGGAGGCGGCCGACGGAGGCCACAACAAGGUUUACGAGGCCAAGGUUUGGGUGAAGCCAUGGAUGAACUUCAAGGAAGUUCAGGAAUUCAAGCACGUCGGCGACGCUUGAUUUCAAUCCUCUACUCCACCAUACUAUAUCUCCCUUAACUUGAAUAAUGUUGUAAGCUUGUUUCAACUUUGAAGGUCCACCUAAUUUGUCUUAUUUCGCCACUCUAUCGUGAUCAUGAACACUACUAAAUGAUACUACUACUAUUACUAUUA